CGCUUUUCCCACCGGGCACGCUCUCCCAGGCCGGGUCCACCAGCUAAUUGCUCAGGAAAUCCGCGCUGCUCAUUGUCGGGCUGUCCUUAAACUGCUAAUUCCGAACUGGGAGAGGCUCUGGAAGGGAAUCCGGGGCUAGUGCCCCGCGAGAGGGACCCACAGAGCCCCGCCGGGGGCGGGCUCAGCGCUAAUAACACAUCCCUGCCCAAUGGAAAGCGCUUCCUAUGGAGACCCCCAAGAGUUCCCCCUGCCCAGACAUCGGGGCCAUUCCUGCGUCCCGUUUUCCCAAGACACGAUGGCAGAGCUCGGCAGCGCCGAUCCCUGUCGGAACAAAGGCCGGGAAGCGGCUGCCACCCACCGCGGGGUUUAGGGAAGAACGGCUGAACUCCGGCAAUCCCGGAGGUUUUCCGCGUGGGAAUAACGCGGCCCGCGUUCCACAAAGGAUCCAUGGGGGCUGUCAGGGCGGGAUCCCGCUGAACCAGCGAGCCCUGGGAAUGGUGCCGCCCUGGAUGAAAAGAUCCGUGAUGGAGCCGUGGUAGCAGAGUGUCCAUCAGCCUCCCUGGAAUGCGUUCCCGGGGGAAGGGACGAGCUCACGGCCUUAUUUUAUGGAUGUCCCUGCAGUAGACUUUGAAGGCCUUUGGAAGCACAUCCCAAACUUGGCAUGGGAAACCACAGCAACAAUCAUACCUGUCUGACAGAUGAUUCCUUCAAGUACAACCUGUAUGGAGCCGUGUACAGCGUGGUUUUCAUCCUCGGCCUGAUCACAAACUGUGCCUCCCUCUUCGUCUUCUGCUUCCGCAUGAGGAUGAGGAGCGAGACCGCCAUCUUCAUGACCAACCUGGCGGUGUCCGACCUGCUCUUCGUGUUCACCUUGCCCUUUAAAAUCUUCUACAACUUCAACAGGCACUGGCCCUUCGGAGACAGCCUGUGCAAGAUUUCUGGCACGGCCUUUCUCACCAACAUCUACGGGAGCAUGUUGUUCCUCACCUGCAUCAGCGUCGACCGGUUCCUCGCCAUCGUGUACCCGUUCCGCUCCCGCACCAUCAGGACCAGGAGGAACUCUGCCAUAGUCUGUGCCGGGGUCUGGAUUCUGGUCCUCAGCGGUGGGAUUUCAGCUUCACUCUUCUCCACCACCAAUGUUUCCAACACCAGCACGACCUGUUUCGAGGGUUUCUCCAAACGCAUCUGGAAAACCUACCUGUCCAAGAUCACCAUAUUUAUUGAGGUGGUGGGGUUCAUCAUUCCCUUGCUCCUCAACCUCACGUGCUCCUCGUUAGUUCUCCGGACUCUGCGGAAACCCGCCACCUUGUCCCAGAUUGGGACAAACAAAGAGAAAGUACUGAAGAUGAUCGUUGUGCACGUGGCCAUUUUUGUCGUGUGCUUCGUGCCCUACAACUCCAUCCUGUUCCUCUACGCCCUGGUCCGGUCCCAGGCCAUCGCCAACUGCUCCCUGGAGAGGUUUGCACGGACCAUGUACCCCAUCACCUUGUGCAUCGCAACCCUGAACUGCUGCUUCGACCCCUUCAUCUACUACUUCACAUCAGAGUCCUUCCAGAAGUCGUUCAACAUAAAAACCCAGAUCAAAAUGGAUUCUCUUUUCAAGACAGAGACGCCUCUGACAAAGACGGCGCUGCCGGCGCCACAGGACGAGCUGAGUGACCAGGCCAUCACCAACGGGGGAGACCCCACCUCUGAAUCCCAUUUCUAGAGAGAUGUUUACACAUGGAGUUAUCCCCCGUUAGCUCUUGGUUGACACCCCGUGUGGGAGAGCUGCUCCACAACACGUGGGUUCACACAUGGUGUCGGUGAAGAAAAGCUGCUGGGGGACAACUGCACCCCCAGACAAACCCUCCCCCAGGGAUGGUCCCGUCGGACUCAAUGGCUGAACACGAAAUACAAAAAUCCCAGUGGAUCUCCCUCUGGAGAUCACGGAUAGGCAACAACACGUGCACCAACCAAGGAGGAAACAGAACGACUUGAAUCCCCAAAUGCCAACAUUUGGCAUUCUUCCCCCCGGCAGUUGACGUGGGACCGGUUGGGAAAUAGAAAAUUUCAUUUUCCUGGAGAUUCCUGCCAAUAUUUCCUGGCUUCUGGAGAUGCAUCAUCGUAUGUUAACUCAGUAACUUCACACAAUAUGUAUGUUUGCUUAAAAAGGCAUAAUAAAAGCUUGUGGCUUUUCCUUAUUCCACUGCAAGAGUGUGCAGCCUGGUUUUCCUAGAGACAGGAAUUUACUGUGUGGAGAAGUUUGAAGUGUAAAUAACUGUUUUGAAAGUAGACAAAAGAGUUGCUUGGUGACAGAAGAGAAAAAUAAUAAGAGAAAACAUAAUUAAUAACGCAGUGUUGAAAUAAGUUUCAUUUUUGCAAGAUUAAGCUGCCUUUUAAUUUAUUUUAAAUUUAAAUGCCACCUCAAGGGAGAAGGAAAGAGUGAAAAGUUCUGUUGUACUUGGGGUUUUAUAUUCCAGGGGCUUAUAUAUGAUUAUUUCUGAGAAGGGCUGGGCUAUACAAAGUCAGCUGGAAAAGGGCCUGAACUCCAGGAUUCUUCUAAGGGCAAAGCUCUUGUGUGGAAACCAAGAGCAGCUGAAGGACCACGGAGCAGUGACCUCACUGGAUUAUGGACAACUGGUGUCAGAGCAGCCAAUUAGGAGAAAAUCUUGUGAGUGAUUGCUUAAUGGGUUUUGCUACACAGUCAGUUAAUUAAAAGGGCUCAAAGUCACUCCCCAAAAACAGUAAAUCAAUUUGCUGCACUCUUUUCUUAGUUGGCUACAGCAACGUUGUCUUGUUUUCCAAUUCAUUUAUUCCAUUUCUUUUUAUAGAUGAGUGAAAAAUAUGGAAAGUUAACUGUCUGCAGUCAUUCCAUUUGAUCAGAUGGUUCAUUUCUCCAGCUAUUGGUUCAUAGUUGAAGCUUUGCUGACCUUCACAGGCUGAUUCAUUCUUAAGUGUGAGAUGCACAAACGAGGAAAACAAUUUAAAUUGGACAAAGUAUAAAGUUACAACUUGUUAGAUCAGCAAUCUACCUUUUCCACGGGACAGCAUAAAGCUACUUCUAGGACUAUGCUGCCAAAAAAAAGAGAGACUAAGUAUUAAUUGAACAGAUGUUUUCCACUCAA